CAGCCACAGUCAACGGUCACACUGGCCAAAAUAAAUAAUUUUUUAGCACGUAUAAACCGCGAAACACUUUGUGAUCGAAUUAGCUUAAUUAAAGCAGCAAAAGCCAGCCGACCGAGUCAAGUAUGAGCACCCAGCGCGGCAAUGUGAGUCGCACACGUGCGCAGAAACACACAAAUCGUCAUGUUUUCAAAAAUGAUCUGCACGACAAGACGCCCCAACAGCUGCGAUUGAACGCGAUGCACGUGUCCACGGUCUGCCAGCGGUGCAAGGAGCAGAUCGAGUGGAAGAUCAAGUACAAGAAGUACAAGCCGCUGUCGCAGGCCAAGACCUGCACCCACUGCAAGCAGCGGACGGUGAAGAAGGCCUACCAUGUGGUCUGUCGCGACUGCGCCAUCAAGGCGAAUGCCUGCGCCAAGUGCCUGAAGAGCGCCACCGAGGUGACCAUCGAGGAGCCCCAGCCCACGCCCCGCGAGGAGCAGCAGCUGCAGUCGGAGAUGGACCGACUGGUCAAGUCCUUUUCGGAGCGCAAGCGACGUGCCUUCCUGCGCUACAUGAAGAAGGGCAAGAAACAAGAGAAGGGUCAGGAUCAGGACAAGGACCAGCUGGAUGAUGAGCAGCUGGAGACCCAGGAGAAGGCCAAACGGGUGGCACACACACGCGACGAGCUGCUGGACAAGAUCAAGCAGCUGAAUCUCGCCGAAGAGGAUGAGGGCGACGAGGAUGACUCGGACUUCGAUUCGGAGGAGGACGAUGAUGAUUCCGACUUCGACUCCGAGGAGGAGGAGGACGACAGCGAGGAGGAGCCACACAAACCUGUCUCUGAGAAGCCCACAAAGGCGAAAUAAACCUAUUUUUUGUUAGCUA